GUAACACUGUUUAUCCAAGCUGAAGCCGCGUCAAAUUUGUUAUUUUUUAAUGUGGCUAAAAUUUUAAUUUUUUGCAAACAUGUCGCAACAAACUAAAAAGAAUUUAUCCGAGUCGAGUAUUGAGGAAGCCUACAAUAGGCACACACCUAUAGCAGCUAAAGUGCAAGCGGAGUAUGAUAAAGCCCUUAAGGAUGUGUUUACAGAUAUGAGUUCUGAAUGCUUGGAACCAUUUGCAGCAAUUCUAUUGGAGCAUGAGAACACUGUUAUGAACAAGAAUACUGUAACAGAAAGUAUGCGCUCUAAAAUGAGCGAGUUGCUGGCCCGAAUAAACGAGAGUUUUUUUGUUCAAAACGAUGUGGGAAAAAAGCUGAUUACUCUCGAGGUGCUUAAAGAAAGAUUCGAGCCAUAUAAAGGUACCAGCUGGAACGUUCACAAAAUGUCACCAGAAGAACGCACUAGACCGGUGCGCAUGCUUCUUAUGGAUGCCAGCAUUCGCUAUAUGCAAAAGCAAUUAAUCUCACAGGAAAAGUCUUUACAGGCUGCCAUGGCGAAGAGCAAAGAAAACCGAGAGCGCAUACAAAGUAUUCAGAAUGAACGGGUUAAACUUUACGCACUGAUGCAACAGCAGUCCAACGACUAUAUAGAAAUGACUCCAAAACUUUUGGAGAUUCAGAAAAAACUGAUCGAAAGAAACUUUUAAAUAAUUGUUGCAGAAUACGUAAAUAAAUUUUUAAACAAAACCAA